AUGCUAUCUCCUUUCCCCCCUUCAUCGUCUGCUCCAGGCGAGGGGCAUUUGGUUGCUCACUUACUACCUCAUUCAAUCUCCGCUCUAUCAAGAAUGACUUUUCAAUACCCACUAAAAUUGAUAUCUCCUUCCCCUUCAGCUGAACAAAAGAGCGUCCUGGUCUUUCUUUUGACAUAUGGUGGAGGCCUUGUCGGCGGGGAUCAAGUUCAUCUCAAGAUAGAUGUCAAUCCAAAUGCAAAGUUGAGUAUCGUUACACAAGGUCAUACCAAGAUAUUCAAAUCGCCAACACGUGAUAUUAUUACACGUCAACAUUUACAAGUUACCAUUGAGGAUGGUGCGUCUGUUUGUUUAUUACCCGAUCCAGUUCAACCUUUCGCAGAAAGUGUAUAUGAACAAUCACAAACUUUCAAUCUCAAAGAAGGCGGAUCCCUUUGUUUAUUAGAUUGGGUUUCAGCUGGGAGAACUGCAAGAGGGGAAAAUUGGGAUUUACGAGCAUGGAGUGGACGAAACGAAAUUUGGUCGAUAGGAAAGGAUAUGAAGAAGAGGCUUCUGCUAAGAGAUAAUGUCUUGUUAGAAGGGGAUGAAGCAACAGCCCAAGAGAAAUUACUACGGCAUAAAAUGCGCGGGAAUGGUAUAUUUGGUACAUUGAUCCUGAAAGGUCCUUUGGUCGAGAAGCUAUCUGCAUUCUUCUUGUCUGAAUUUGCUGCACUUCCCAGAAUUGGUGCCAGGGAUUUUCGUUCUGAUGAUAGGAAAGAAAAAGAUAGCGAGAUUGUUCUAUCGAGAGAAGAAUCAUGGAGACUUCGACGACUUCAACAAGAAAGGAAUGAAGAUAUUCUUUGGUCCGCUGCCAAAGUGAGAGGAUGUACAGUGGUAAAAUUUGGGGCUCCAACUGUUGAAAGUGGCCGAGUAUGGAUUGGUGGUAUGAUCAAAGAAGAAUGUAGUAUAUCUGAGAUCUUUGGAGAAGAUUCAUUGAUGUGUGUCCGCGAAUGA